AUGGUUUGGUCUUUGCUAUUUAUUUGCUGUCUGCCUGCCACCCUAGUGGUAUGCCUCCCACAUUCUGCAUCUACUUCAAGUUCUCUAUCAAUUACAACGCCAAAUCUUCAGCCUUAUGCAGGGCCUACGGGCCUGUGCGAAGGCUACCCAUUACCUGCUCACCAUUCUUUAUUCCAUUGCCUGACCGGUACAUACUUCUCCGUUUCCGGUUACGCUCGCUGUUGCCCUGAGUCCACGGAUUGCCCGGUUUAUACCGCGUGUACCAAUACCAGCGUACUCUUCAAUGAUGAGUAUAGCUUCACAUGUACGGGCACAGAGAGCCAAUCGGAAUGUAUUAGCGGUAGUAUCUUCGAAAGCCUGGGCGAUACCAGUUCGAGACUAUAUAUUUCCUGUUGGCCUACUUGGCAAGGAGGUGACUGGGAAGCAACCAGAACCAUACCCGGCAGUGAUAGCUCCAGCAGUACCAGUUCUAGCAGUACCAGUUCCAGCAGUGCUGCACCUAGCAACGGUGGAGGCCUUCCAACAAGGACACUUGUCGGUAUUACUGUUGGCUCUAUCCUUGGCGGCGCUGUGAUAUUCGCCGUCCUCAUCUAUGUUGCCUACGUCAAACUUAAACAGCUAUUUACGGCACAGCAGCAUGGACAGCUCUUCGCAGGUCCAGGUCCAGGUCUAGGUGCAAAUGCAGGCGUAGGCGUAGGCGUAGGCGGAGGCGGAGGAGCAGGCGCAGUGCCGGGUCAUGGCAUACCUCAAGGCCAGGGAAAUAGUCAAUUUCACGGUGCGGUGCAAGGAAACGGCCACGGUCACCGUGCAGUACAAGGCCAAGGACAGCAGAAUCCCCAGCCUAGGAACACGGGACCGAAAGCGGAACCCAAUGGAGGACUUCAGGUGCCGCUAGACGAUCCGCUGAAGGAAUCCGACCAACCAAGUCUUCGCUCUUCGUCGAAGACAGUACCCAACAGUCCAGAUCCUACUGAAAUGCCAUCGGACCGUGAGCCGUCUGAAGUUGUGGGCCGACCAGCAGCCCGCCACGAUUCAUCCUCAACCCCAGCUCACGGAUUACAUCAUAUCCGGACACUGUCGGAUACAUCAACGGCGUCCGAGCUGCACGGCAGUCUCACACAUCGUUAUGAGCUACAACAACUUGAGCCGAAAGACAGAGAUGAAGAUGUGGUGAAUAACGCGAACAACACGGCAGCCCCAAGUAACGGCGGCGAUUCGAAUAGUCAGCCUAGACAGGCACUCAAUAACGGGAAGCAGCGAGCUGAUUAAACGCUGUGAACGAUUGACGCCGAAAGCACCCGCCUUCUUGCAUUCGCCCCUCAGAUGUAGGGAUAUGUCGAAUAUAGUCAGGCCUCAGUUCCACUUGAGAGAGCUUUAAGCACGAGUUCGACUGUGAGCACACCUUCACU